GCUCAACAGCCAACCACUUGAUACUAUAUACCUUGGCGGCGUUUUCGUGUCUUGUGUCGGUGUAUAAAAGAGUUGGGAAACUAGGAAACAAGUUGACUUGGGACAAAGAGAGCCAAACCGGAGGGGGAGAAGAAGAAAAAGAACGACAACAACAGAAACCAUGGACGCCAACCAGGUCAACUCGAGAGCGAUUCACGAUGAUGAUGCUGACCUUGUGCCCGAGUUCAACAAUCUCGAAUCGUCGGACGACAAGGCAUCAGCAGUAGAUGCCGGCGAAAAGGGCGCCACGACGGGUGAAAACGAAAAGGAACUGUCACAACAACAACAAGUCAACGAUGACGACCUAGAGCGACAACACACAAUGAGAUCAACGGCAUCCUACCAAGAGACCUAUCCCGAAGGCGGCCUCCAGGCAUGGACCGUCGUGGCGGGCUCCUGGUUCGCCAUGAUCGCCUCCAUGGGCCUGAUGAACAGCAUCGCCGUCUUCCAGGCCUACACGCUCAGCCACCAGCUCAAGGACCACAGCGAGGGCACCGUCGGCUGGAUCUUCUCCAUCUAUACCUGGCUGGCCUUCUUCGGCGGCGUCUACAUCGGCCCCGUCUUCGACAAGUAUGGGCCCCGGUGGCUUGUCAUCGCCGGAUGUGCGUGUACCGUGGGGGCCUUGAUCGGCAUGAGCUUCUGCACAGAGCUCUGGCAAUUCAUCCUAUCGUUUGGCAUCCUAGGUGGCAUGGGAACGUCACUCACCUUCACCCCGUGCAUCGCCGCAGUAGGCCAUUGGUUCAAGGCAAGACGAGGCUUUGCCACCGGGCUUGCAUCAACGGCAGGAGGCAUCGGAGGCAUCAUCUUCCCCCUCAUGCUGACCGACCUGUUUGCGCGUAUCGGCUUCGGUUGGGCCACUCGAGUGCUCGCUUUGAUAUGCCUCGUGUGCGGGCUCACAGGCAUCUGCCUCGUCCGAUCCCGUCUGCCACCGGCCAAGAACGCAACGGCUCACCCCGAUUUCCGCAUCUUCAAACAGAUUCCCUUCCUCCUGACGACUCUGGCCAUCUUCUUGUUGGAGUUUUCCCUCUUCAUUCCCCUGGCCUACAUUGCCACCUACGCACAGGACCAGGGCUUUGGCGAUACGUUCGCCUACCACCUCUUGCCCAUCAUGAAUGCCGGCUCCGUGAUAGGCCGGGCGCUUCCGGGAUAUUACGCCGACGUCGUCGGAGCUUUCAACGUGUGCAUGUUCUCAGUGGUGCUCUCGUUGGUGUCGUGCCUGUGUGUGUGGCUGCCCCUGGGUCACACAAAGGCGGGCAUCAUCAUCUUCUCAUUGCUCUUCGGCUUCGGAAGCGGUAACAGCAUCGCCAUUGCGCCUGUUUGCAUUGGUCGGAUGUGCAAGACGCAAGAGUACGGCCGAUACUAUGCCACCACCUACACCAUCGUGUCCUUUGCCUGCUUGAUUGGCAUCCCCAUUGCCGGCAGCAUCGUUCAGGCCGAUGGCGGCUCCUACACGGGGCUCAUCAUCUUCACUGGCUGCAUCUACGUGGGCUCAGCAAUCCUCCUCAUGCUUGCCAAGACCUGGCAGCUAGGCUGGAAGAACUGGCUUGCUGCCUAUUGAGACACGGCGUCAUUCGUCUCCCUUUCCACGGAGACAGUUUAUAAGCACACUCAUCUGCCUGUGUUCCUCUUCCAGUGAUGUUCGGAGGACCAGCAGCUGUUAAUAUGAUUCAUUUCAUGAAUAGAUAUCCAAAUGGUUCGGCGUUGGUGUUUUGGUUGGUUAUGAAGAAAAAAAGGGGAAAGUAUUUGCACACAAUCAAGGAACAGUCCAUGUUAUUAUUCGCAUCGCAUUUUGUGUUUCUUUUUGUAGCAGAGAGUUAUG